CCAGCGCGCCCGCCGGCCCCGCCCCGCCCCGAGCAGAGGUCGCAGCCCCCAGCGGCGCAGGCCCCACCCGGCAGUUGGGCGCUGAGGAGUCGCGUCGCUCCCUCCCACGCAGUGGACUCAGCAGAGGCCAGAAAGUCGCUCGCCAUGUCGGCUGCGGAGGCGGGGGCUGUUUUCCACAGAGCGCGGGGCAGGACCCUGGACGCUUUUUCCUCAGAAAAAGAAAGGGAAUGGGAAGGCCCAUUCUACUUCAUCCAGGGUGCAGACCCACAGUUUGGACUGAUGAAGGCCUGGUCCACUGGGGACUGUGACAGCGGUGGUGAUGAGUGGGAGCAGGAGAUCCGACUGACGGAGCAGGCCGUCCAGGCCAUCAACAAGCUGAAGCCCAAGCCCAAGUUCUUUGUUCUGUGCGGGGACCUCGUCCACGCCAUGCCUGGGACACCCUGGCGGAAGGAGCAGACGGAGGACCUGCAGCGGGUGCUCAGGGCUGUGGACAGUGAGAUCCCGCUGGUCCUUGUCAGCGGCAACCACGACGUGGGCAACGUCCCCACCCCCGAGACCAUCGCGGAGUUCCAGCGGACUUGGGGAGAUGACUAUUUCAGCUUCUGGGUCGGGGGCGUCCUGUUCCUCGUCAUCAACUCCCAGUUCUUGUAUGACGCCUCCAUGUGCCCUGCCUUGAAGCAGGCCCAGGACCAGUGGCUGGACCAACAGCUGAGCAUCGCGGGGCAGCGGAAGUGCCGGCACGCGGUUGUCUUCCAGCACAUCCCGCUGUUCCUGCAGAGCAUUGAUGAGGAUGACGACUACUUCAACCUCACCAAAUCUGUGCGGAAGGAGGUGGCAGACAAGUUCACGGAAGCAGGUGUCAAAGCUGUGUUCUCAGGCCACUACCACAGGAAUGCCGGGGGCACCUACCAGGACCUCGACAUGGUGGUGUCCUCCGCCAUCGGAUGCCAGCUGGGCAGAGACACCCAUGGGCUCCGAGUCGUGGUGGUCACUGCUGAGAAAAUCGUCCAUCGGUACUACAGUUUAGAUGAGCUGAGUGACAAGGGAAUAGAAGACGAUCUAAUGGACUUGUUGAAGAAAAAAUGAUAACCGGUGAUGAUUUAUUCACUUUUCAUUUCUACUGUUUUUUUCAUUUUGUCAGAAACAGCAGCUGC